UGUAAACAAUCGGCUCAUUAUUGAUGGUUGCUAGAGGGGCUGGCGUCGUGACAGCAGAUUUAUUUAACAAAAUUUUUCAUGGUUUAAACUGCGCUAACUAACUUUAAAUAUUAUCAUUAAUUUAUUUUUCCCUACAGUUUGAAGCUACAAAAUGAGUGAGGAUAAAGUCGGCCUUAACCAAAUUGCAAAAGAGACAUUGAAAACAAUCGUUACUCUUCGCGAAAAUCAUGCUAUGAAUUUAGGUGGCAUUGAGGUUUUGACGGAAUGCGUGAACAACGUACUUCAAUCCUUUAUUAGUCAGCUAGAGGAAAAGAUGCGCAAAAUUGAUCAAGAUCUUGCUGGAGAGUUUGCCUGGGCAGCGAAGCAGAUGCUGCUUGAAGAUCCUGUAAAACCUGUGUCAACUGAGCAUCGAGUCAUGUCUUGCCUUCGCCUCUACUGCGGUCUGAUUGAGCCAGUCCCUGUCAAACAAGGUAUUGGCUUUCUCCCUACGUACGGGGAUGGCAAUGAAUCUCUUGGCGUGCACGACAUUAAAGCAGUUUAUAUUCCUAUUGAAAAACAAAUUACUGAGCUUCUGCAAUACAGAGAAGUGAGGGAGCUUGUCCUGAACUCUAAAAACUACAUCUCUGACGAAAAUAUAAUACGCUCAGUGUAUGAUGGCAAAGUAGUUAAAAAUCACCCAAUUGUACAGAAAUACAAAAAUGAAAACUGCCUCUUACUCCAAAUCUACGAGGAUGAUGUGGAGUUAUGUAACCCGCUUGGUUCAUACUCCAAAACCCACAAAGUUACACUUGUCUAUUGGACUCUACUGAAUCUACCAGAGCAUGUUAGGUCAAACCUCAAGUCGAUAAACCUGCAGGGUGUGGCCACAGCCGACAGUAUCAAAUAUUUCGGGUUCGAAGCGUUGCUUUCCGAUUUUAUUGAUUUCAUUAAAAAGCUUGAGGCUCCAGAAGGAGUUAAAAUUGUUGUCGAGGGGUUGGAUGAGCCACUAAUUCUUCACGGCACACUUGUGUCUCUUAACGGUGAUGGCUUGGCCUUAAAUAGUAUUGGAGGUUUCAAAGGAAUUGGAUUCGCACUGAAGCCAUGCAGGAACUGCGACAUUUCAAAAGAAGACAUUGGAAAAGUUUUUUUUGAAGUUUUUCCAAGGGACUUGAAAAGCCACAGAGAAAGAGUGGAUAAAUUGUGUAGCGAAAAUUUGACAGGUGAGCAAAGAACUGAAAUCAGUAAAUUGUAUGGGAUCAACGGCCGUUCUGUACUGGCUGAUCUUGAAAAUUUCGAUUUGACAACGUGCCUACCACAGGACCUGAUGCAUAACUUGCUCGAAGGAGUCGCAGAAGUAGAGUUGCGUGCAUUAAUUUUUGAAUUGAUUGAAGAGAGAAGUUUGCUCACCUACAACGACCUGAACUAUCUUGUCUCGGGUUUCCCAUUCCCAAAAGAGUUUUUGCGAUCAAAACCCUCACCAUUUGAACCUGCGCACAUCAAGAACGGAAAACUGAGGCAAAAUGCUUCGCAAAUGCUAUGUCUCAUUUACAUCGUGCCAUUCAUGCUAGAGGAUUUCGCAAAGAGCGAAACCUUGCCAUACAUUGAAAACUUCAGUCUCUUGGGAAAAAUUACAAACGUGCUUCUUGCGUAUGAGGUGAAAAAGAGCGAUUUGAACCUCAGCAGAUUCAUGAUUAAUUGUCACCAUUCUAGAUACUGCGAUCUUUACCCCAAAUUUCCUCCCACUCCCAAGUUUCAUUUUCUUGUUCAUGCACCCUCAGUAAUCGAGCAACUGGGACCAGUCAGAGUGUCUUGGAACAUGAGGUAUGAAGCAAUGAACGCUUGGGCUUCUAAAGUGGGAGAACAAACCAGAAAUUUCAUUAAUAUUCCAAAGACAAUUGCCACACGGUUCCAAACCAAGCGUUGUCUUGAUUUUAACUUUGGAGACAAAAGUAGCACAAUCUUGGGAGAAAAAACUUUCAUGCCUGUAGGAGAGCAACUGGCUGACCUAAACCUGUACAUCCUAGGAGCUGAAGUAGCCGCAGAAUUAAAUUGUUCAUCAGAAUUUUCGAAUGGCGUACAUACUGUUAAAAAAUUGUUCUUGAACAAUUUCGAAAUUCAAGCUGAUUCAAACCUGUUGAUCAAUGACACUGAAGAAACACUUCCCAGGUUUGGCAAAGUGAAAGCCAUAUUUGUUAAGUCCAAAGAGAGUGCCUUUGUAUUUCAGUUGUACAGCACGGAAGGCUACAAUUAUUCAACAAAUGCGUACGAGGUGACUUUGACCAACAAAUUUUCCUGCAAAAAUGUCAAAAAAAUCCCUUUCUUCAACCCACUUCCACAAAUUCAGUUGAGAAGAAAAACAAAUAUCAUUCUCCAGUUUCACAGUCGAAACGAAUUUGUAGGCUAAAAAUUGUUUUGUUUGUGUGCUAUGUAAAUAUUUUAAAUUAUGCAGAU